GAAGGAAGAAACUCCUUAAAAAGGCGUGUAUACCAAAGGCGCAUUAAUACGACGGCUGGUGACGCGGCUGUUAAGAACACGCGGUAUGAGCUUUGCUGAGUGACAGAUCAACAACAUUUGACGUUUACAGCUUGACACAAACUACCAGAUAUCUCUAGUUCAUUUGCACUUGUCAAAUAUGUCUGUGUCGGACAUUAGAAAGUGGAAUUUGCCUGGGUGGCGUAUUGAACAAAGAUUCUCGCCUGGUGUUCUUAUCGGCAACUGGGCGGAGGAAAGAUACUCGUUUAAAAAGGGCACUGAGAAGCACAACAGUACACAUCGGAUUGACUUCCAGCCAUACGCAGGCCAUCACCCAGAUGUCAUCAUCAGAAGGAAUGGCAUGCUGCAAAAUGAGGGAUUACGGAAGGAGCAGCUAUUCUCCCACCACGGGGGACGAUACUCAAAUAACAUGAUCACAUGGUACGAUGAGCAGUUUAAUGGUCGAUGGCACGAGAACAAAUUUAUUCGUCCUCUGCGGGAAUGGAAAAGCCACAACCUUUCCUGGUCUCCGGAAAAAUCAGACUUCCCCCUUCAAGGUGAUCCAACAAACUAUGGUCUUCAUGGGAGACUGCAGCAAAAAUGGAAGGCCCAAAUAGCUGACGAAACCAAGGGGGAGUUUAAUUCUAUUUACAAUACAUCUUACGAACCUGUGGACCCCAAGUGCAUGACAAAGAUGAGGUUUGCAAAUCCCAGAGAGUUAUCAACAUCUUUACUGCGAGUGAACAACAUCAAUAAGGACUUAAGAUUCCGUGGGGCUCCUGUGGCCUUACGACAACCUGAAGCGGUUUGUCUCCCUUCUCUCAAAGUCCCAGACGUCUCGUGUUAAGUUAAAGUAUGAGCAGUCUUUAGUAAUAAAAAUGUCACCUGUAGAGAUGAAUCAGUCUGAACCAGAUUCCCAACUUUGAUUUUGUUCCUUGUACAUGUGCUUUGUUUGACUUUUUGAAAAUGUAAAAAAGAUAGUACAAAAGUAACAAGAGUUUUCGCCACAUAAGGAAUGUGUUUUUAUGUAAAUGUUUUGGUUGAUUGCUUCCAUAGCUCUCAUCAAAGCAUCACCCAGGAAAUUUUUGUAUUCUAGAACUGCUAUUGAUAAGGAGACAGCUCACUGCAUGAUAAUUACAGGCUCUUUGGAACUGUAUGCAUCUCAUAAAUUUCUUGUGACCUAAUAGCCAAAAGCAUUAGUAAUUUUAUGGUUAUAUUGUAUACCAAUGAUGAAAUUAUUUUUAAGUGAAGCUUUGUGGCAACUAUUGAAUGUAGGAAUAUUUUUGCUGGUAGAUCUUAGCAUCCAUAUUUAUUUAUCCAUUUACUUUUUACUAUUAGGUUUUGAGAAAUCCAUAUUUUAUGUAUCCAUUUAUUUGAAAUGUUAUUUGUUUCCCACAAAUAAAUGUUUUUGAAUACACAGGAAAAUUAAGGAAGGCCAUAACAUAUGUGUACAUGUCACAAGUUUUAUAAUCAGCUUUUACCAUGAUAUUUACUGUUUUAAUUGUUUUACAUUGCAUGGUAUGUUUAUAUUCAAAACAAUAAGCAGGAAUUUUUCGCACAGUAUUCAUAGAGGAAAACGACUCUCCUACAUUGGUAGGUGUUUGCUGAUUUUAAAACAUAUUGGACUAACACAUGGGCAUUUAUUAAUAUGAGGUUGUGCUUUUUAACAUCUCAAUUGGAAAUAUGCAACAAGUAUAAUUUGAAGAAAAAGAAAUCCAUGGUUUAAUUCAGUAUUAAUAUUUUAACAACAUGCCUCAUGUAAAUUAAUUUUUAUACAUGUAGUAUUAUGUACAGGUUUCAGUCCAUAUUGCUAUAGUAGUGUAGUCAUGUUUGUACUGAGCAUGUUAUUUAUCCAUCAGUAUUCACUUUACAAGCACUUGGGGAAGUACAUUGACAUAUUCAUUGUCAGGGGAAUACAUUUGUAUUUUACUCAUGUACUAUUGCUAUUUUUGAGAAAUGAAAUAAAGUUCAUUUGUUUA